GAGCGAGACAGACAAGACAGGGCGGCGUGCUGGACAAGCGAACGGCAGCUGGCCCUGCUUCUAUCUGCUUCCGCUUGACGGGAGACGCUGCUUUUUUGACAACGUCGUCCCCUUCCGGACACCAUGGAGGAGGCAUCAGAGACCCGCGCGAAUCGACAUGACCCGGCUGCUCGCAGCGAAGGGCAUCGCGAAGCUCCAUCUCGCAGCAGGUUGUCCGCUAUGUACGUCAGAGACAAACUCCAUGAUCUGAGACCCGGUCACUCUGCUAGCUCCUCCGUCUCGUUACAGGAUCGUCUCUUCUCCAGGCUCCUGCAGCAAGUGAUGCCGGCAGAGGAUGGCGAGGAAGAGGAGGAGCCCGAGGAGCCAAAAUCUAUGGAGCGGCCUCCGUUCAGUCUUCCAACAAUGACAAACAACUUUCGACGGUUCAAUGCAAGGAUCGGCAUCGUUUUUCACUUUCAAAACAGACUGGUGAAACUGUUCAGCUGGAGGAAGCCAACUCAAACCUGGUCGUUUCUCUUCGUUUAUUCCUUUGUCUGCCUGGACCCCUACUUGUUGCUCAUCUUGCCCUUCGUGGCUCUUCUCUUCUAUAUCAUGGUCCCGGGGUUCUUAGCUCGACAUCCUCCACCUCCUCCAAACACCUCGACCUCCAGCACAACGCCAUAUUACUCCUAUGAAGGCCCGGCCCUUGCGCCUGCAAAAACGAUCAAACCAGUCCCGGAAACAUCGAAGGACUUCUUCCACAACAUGAGGGACUUGCAAAAUUCAAUGGCUGACUUUGCUAACCUACACGAUGCUGCUGUUGCUCUUUUAUCCCCAGCUACAAAUUUCUCGGACGAAACACUCUCUUCAAUGCUGUUUCUUCUAUCCACCGUGCUCGCGGUGUCCCUUUUUCUCACAGCCCACCUUCUGCCUUGGCGUUUCAUCUUUCUCUUCGCUGGUAACGCCGCAAUUUUGUCCAACCAUCCUCGCGCCGCAACAAUGCUGAAAAUGUUUCAGCUCCAAGACGAGUCGACGACUCAGGUUUCAAUACAGAAGCAAAAGGAGCCAGAAAACAAUAUCGUGGUGUGUGGAAUAUCUGUCCCAGCUACUUUAUCUGGUCUCAGGGCAUUACUGGAAUCACUGGUUGCAGUCUCUCUUGAUUCGUACCCCGAAGAGAGGGAGGUUGAAGUCUUUGAACUACAGCACAGAACGCUUUCUCCUUUUUCUGGAGCCUCAGAGUGGGAACCGUUCCUAUUUACCCCAACUCCAUAUGACCCUCUUUCUCCAGCUAGGAUCGCGGGUGAUCGACCAAAAGGUACCAGAUUCUUUGAAGAUAUCCGUCCUCCACGCGGAUGGGCUUGGAAAGGGAAAAAGUGGGAAUUGGAUCUCGACUGUAGGGAAUGGGUAAUGGAGCGCAUGGUCACAGGGGUAGAGUUUGAAGUUCCCAGCAGCAACGGUGAUGGAAUUGGUGAAGAAGUCGGUGGUUGGGUUUGGGAUUUGCCAUUUCAGCCCCCCAGCGAAGGCCUGCAAGAUAACACCGACGAGCCAGGCUGUGAUGAAUCACAAAAUUCAUGCUCUGACGCCACCAUUAAGCCAGAGAAUAACGUCUCUGGGGUCAGCGGAUCAUCCAAGGUCGAAUGGGAGGAAGCCACUAAACAUGCCGAAAGGACGGGGGAGUGGAGAAGAAGGCGAUGGGUGCGGGUUGUACGGCGAGUCAAACAUGACGAGAAAGUUGCAAAUGCCGCUUGA